GACGUUGCCGCUGCUCGCACCGCGCAGGCUUCAGCACCCACGCGCGUCGUGGCUCGCCCCUGCACUCGCCCCGCACCAGCAGCUCGACGCUGGGAUUGCCGCCCGCCAUCAGGCGGACCGCAAGAGUCUAAAGAAGUCAAAACAGCCGUUUGCUAAUUACUUUCGCACAGAGUACCACACAUCGCCCACCUACAGGCGUUCGGCUAUGCGAACGGACGGCCACAUGUCGUCACACGACGCAGUGAAACUCAUGACGGAUCCGCGGCGCAGUUGGGCGCCGUUCUGGGGGCGCGCCACUGGUGGAGUGCGAACACAUAGAAAGCGGCAGGACGUGCUGGAGCCACAGGUACCACAGUUUGGUGACGAUAGUCUUGACCGGACGAUCGAGCGCCUGCUGGAGAUUCGAUUUCAAUGGGACCGCGAGGACGACAUUUUGGCGUCAAGUCUUGUGCCACCGAGCCUGCGUGCCACGACGGAGCACUGUCUCCAGUUUGCGUCUCAUACAAGCUCACAUUUGUCUGGGAAGCAGCAGAACCAACAAGUGGAGGGAGGCUAUGUGGAGGUAGAUGGGGAAAAGAUUCCACUCUCUGUCUUUCGCACGCGCGGUCGACGGAAGGGGACGCAUCUGCGGAAGGGGAACUUGGGUUUUAGCGGUGUUGACACCGUCCCCGCGAUUGUGCUUGACGCAACACGCGGACCGCUCGUCUCAUCGCCGACGGAAGCGACGCUGACGCUGCGGUGGAAAGCAACGAACCGAGAGGCCACAAGUGUGAGUGAGAUGCUGCGACUUCAGCAAAGCGUCGGCCGGGUGGCGGUGAUGGGACUCCCCACGCGCUCACUGCUGCUGCUGCUGAAGGCACAGGCAACACUGGAGGUGGAUGAUCCGGCGCUCGCCGUCGCCCUCGCCAUUGCGGCUGCGGAGCAUUACCACGAGUACACCUACACCGAGUGCCUGGAGCUGCUGCGCUGCCUGCGACGUAUCGCCCACGUCAGAGGACUUGUGCGCCUACCAGACGCAUCCAACGGCGCAGUUGCCCUUUACCGCGACAGCGCGUGGUGCCAGUCAUUCUUCACCGACUACAUCCGCGACGCUGCGCCUUUUCUAACGGACAAGGUGUGGUCACGCCUUCCCGAGCACGUGCAGCGGCUCGCACGGCGAAAGCUGUUUCUUGACCUCACCGAUUUGCUGUCGCUCGCAGUGGAGCUGCACGGCGGGCGGCUGCCACACAACCUGCCGAACGCCGCCAGCUCAGCUGCGUAUGCGUCCAAGUACCUCUUCCUGCGCUACACGCUGUUGGUCGACGAGGCCUUGAUGAAAGAGUACGCGACUGAACUCGCAGAGGCGGCAGGCCCUGUUGCCCCGUUUCAGUUGAUGGAGGCGCAUGCAACGGAGACUGUAAGAGGGGGAAAGGAGGAUGCGAAGAAAUGCGGUU